UCUUUCCUUUCGGGUUGUUCUUCGAUCUCAACAUCAAGAAGCAAGCAAGCUGACACAAACAAGAUGUCCCCAACACUGGUCCAAAAGAUCAAAUAUCAUCGUGUCAUCGAAUAGUAAUAUACCCACCAUGUCCUCUUCCUCGCUGGCCAAACUGAGAUUGGUCGCCAUCAACGAUGUCUAUGAGCUCACCAACCUGCCCAAGUUCCAAACCUUUUUGAAGCAAUUGGAACCCAAGGCGACCGGCGUGUUGCUCGCGGGAGACUUUUUGUCUCCGUCCACCUUGUCGUCGAUUGAUGGAGGACGAGGCAUGGUGGCCACGUUAAAGGCAUGUGGUUUGACACAUGUGUGUUUGGGAAAUCACGAAGCCGAUUUGCAUUGGCCGCAAUUGCACAGUCGCAUGGAAGAAUUGUGUCGAUCAUCGUCCAUUACUGCUAAUGCCCAACAGCAAGCAGUGACCUUUGUCAAUACCAAUCUGCGAGAACCACCGCCCGAUGCCAAAGAAAAAGAAUCCUGGUGGAUGACAGGACCCAUGGCUCCACCAUACGCCAUUGUCCCCACGCCGUGUGGUCGAGCAUCGGUAGCCUUGUUGGGAUUGUUGAGUGACGAAAAACGGGUCUUUCGAGAUGAGACUUUUCGUGGAGCUCCCAUUGCCAAUGUCUUGACCAGUUUUCAAACUGUCUACGAACAACUCGUGGGAAAGACGGAUUUUGUCAUUCCCAUGACGCACAUGUCCAUGAAACGCGACAAGGAAUUGGCCAUGACCAUGUUGAACACCAUGCAAAACAGCAAUGGCCUGAUAAUAGGAGGACACGAACAUGAACCGUACAAUGUCAAGAUAUGGGCCAAUGGUGAAACAGACGAAGAAAACAAUGGCGAUAACCACAACAAUUCCUCAACCGAGGAUCCCUACAUUCAAAUACUGAAAAGCGGAACGGAUGCCCAAGGGGCCACACUGAUUGAUUUGACGUUUGAUGUUUCGGAAAAGGAACACAACAAUAACAUCACUGCCCCACUGGUCGAUAUACAAGCGGAUAUUGUAUCCAUGGAACCCUAUCAACCGUCCGUGGUGGUAUCAACCAUUGUCGAGGAACGCUUAAAGGUGGUCUCCGCAUUGGACGAAGAGACCAUCAUCAACGCCGAAACACUCUUGCCACCGGGGAUACCACUAUCCUCGCAACGAUCGCGACAAGAACAAACUACAGUAGGGGCCAUUCUAUGCAAGGCCAUCAAAGACGAACUGGGUUCGUCUGUUUGUGAUGUAGCCCUCAUCAAUGGAGCUACCAUCAAGGGGGGACGCAUGUACAACAAGGAUCGCAUGUCCUAUGCGGACUUGAAAAAAGAAUUACCAUUUCCGACCAAAAUGGUCGUGGUCCCCAUGAAACGAUGGGAACUACUCGAAGCAAUCUACUAUUCGAGAAGGUACAAUGAAGAAGGCGUUGACACAAACGACAAUGACGACAUUCCACGACGUGGGUAUCUACAAGUGGAUUUGGAUUUUGACAUGGACCGACCGGCACCCUUGGACGACACCGUACGAGUAGCCCUGCCGCGCAACCUCAUGGCGGGAUUUUGUCAGAUCAAACCCUUGAUGGACCUGGGAAAGCAACUCAAAGAUGAAGGCGUUUACCCCGACGCCGAUGAUUUCAUCCCGGCGAUUCAAGUCAUUAUUCGACACUUUUGUAAGAGCAUGUGGUUGGAUAUCGUCAAGGAGUCGUUCACGUUUGAAGAUAUCGACUUGAACAAGGAUGGUAUGCUGGAUCGAGAAGAGAUCAAGAUCAUGAUGCAGAAGUUUCUAGGCCACGAGCCUCCCGAUUUCGUGGUGGAUGACAUGAUUGAUGCAAUUGAUGCAGACGAGGAUGGCGUUAUUGACGCAGGAGAAUUCAGCUUCCUCUUGGCGACGAUGGAACGAGAAGAUAUAUUCCGGAAGCUAUAACUGGCUGACUAGAAAGCUACUGGUAGUCGGCAGGAACAGUCCAGAAACAAAUUACGAGAUCAGCUGAUCGAGCGAUUCAUUCUGAUUCGAUUCAGUGGUCGGAACAUUUCGAUAGACCAAGGAUCCUAGCCAGUUUGGAAACUGCACUCGUACUGUGGUCUAGCUGGCUGGACUAGUGCACUUCUUCGUUUCUGUCGCUAGAGCCACAUACUGCAGUAUCGAUUUUGGGACGGUCUCCAUCAUCAACCAGCUACCGGUACCAGAGAUACUGGGCCCAAUUCUAAAGAAAUAAGUUUAGGUUCUCAGAGGUUGCAUGGCAUGGUUUUUGGUUUUGGCAUACUGCCAGUACUGUACCGGUACGGGUGCUACAUGUACAUGUACACCUCCCCAGAAGAUUUGCCGCGUUGCAGUGCAUGCACUGUACUGGUUGUGGGAGUUUCCAGUUUGGUACCAUUACGACAGUUACCGUACCAAAUCCUCCCAUUGCGAUGCCAAACAUGUACUACCGUACCAGAGCUCUACCGGUAGUGUACGGUACGGACGCGACCAGCUCAGCUACAAAAGCUGCUACAAAGCUACAGCCAGCCAGCAAUGAGAAAUGAGAAGAACACUACAGGCCACAGACUUUUUAAUGAAUAAGUAAUAAUAGACUACUCAGUACUCAGUCGUAGCUACUACUAGCUAGAGUACUCUGUGGACAGUCGUACUGUAAUGAACAGAUCAUGAACCCAUGUUUAAUGUGCUGGUGGCCAUGUCGAAGAUGCGACAUAAGAGAGUGUCAACGUGUCAACUCUAGAGUAGAAUCGAGUCGAGUCGUUCCAGAAAUCGGACUCUCCAGAGUCCAGAGGUCCAGACUCUUCUUGGCACACAGGCACUCUCUUGGCCACCGAUGGCCACUCGCAAGUUGCAAUGGGCCGCUUGGCCUUGUCUUGCGGCAAAGAAUUUUGAACACAUGCUACAGUUGUACCGGUAUUAAAUUUUUGUCCCUUGUUCGUUAUUUCUGAGGUCCAAGAACUCAAGAGGAGUAUCGUGGAAUGACUGAAUGACGCCCCGAUUGAUAAUCAGAAAGCCUUCUCGAACGAAGAGUAAGAGGUAAGGGGGCAGUCCAGAUUAGAGGACACACACUGGGACUCUGGGACUCUAUUAUAGUAGUCAGAUAAAGCAGCUGAUAAAGCCUAAAUGGUCAAAUAAUGGGCCAUCGGUGGUUCUUUUGUUCAACUUCUCUUCCCCAAUCGUCGAUCCUAGCGUGUCCUUCAAAACCGGCAUUGACUCAUUGACUAGCUAAUGAUUACAGGGUCCGGAAACGGCAGCUCAACAUUAUUUCGACAGUUUCAAAUUAAUGAAAUUAGCUUCAAAACAGUAAAAGUUUUUCGUUUCUCAUCUCUCUGUGUGUUUUACCAAAUAAUUCGC